AUGCAAUAUCAUAUCACCAAAAUCCCUUCGCUGCUCGCCGGCUAUGACAUCCCCCGUCUUGUCACUGUCGAUGAGCACAUCAACCCCGUGCAAGGCCUGAUCGUACUAUGUCGAGUAACAAUUACAAGAGACCGGAUGAACGCCUUGGAAGACACAAAUCCCAGGGACUUCACCACUGUGUCCGACGAUGACAUCCUACCCGUCAUCCUGGGCAAGCGACACGCCAUCCGCGGAUACAGCGGUGACGUACCGAGCAAGCUAUCCCCAGGGGAUACCAUCGAAUUACUCUGCGAGAGUGGAUUCGCCGGCGUUCUACAAGGCGGAAAUGAAGACUACGGCUGUCCACCAACGUUGACAGCGCUAGGUACUAUCCCUGGCGCGGACGGACGACCGCUCACGAUUAAAGCCACCGUUCCACCUCUGCCGACCAGCAACGAGAUCCCUCGUCUGGCCCCGCUGAUUGGGGUCGCGGGUACGUGCAUGGAAGUCGGCAAGACGGGAAUGGUUCGCCAAUUGAUCCGUCAGUUGACCGCGAAGGGCCUGCGCGUCGCAGCCUGCAAAGUGACCGGCUCGGCUUCCCCGCGCGAUAAGCCCAAGUUGCGACGAGAAGGCGCGGAUCCAGUAUAUGCGGUGCAUGACGGUGGGAUUCCGUCAACUUGUGGUGAUGUUGGUGAGGUGAUUACUUCGGCCUUGCGAGUACUAGUGGCAGCAAGUCAAAGUGAUCCCGAUGUGAUCGUUGUGGAGUUUGGAGAUGGGAUUCUAGGCGGCUAUCAUGUAAAGGACGUCUUGGCGUGUGAGGCAAUUCAGAGGAAUAUGCUUGCUCUCGCCGUUGCGGUGUCGGAUCUUGUUUCAGCUUGGGGUGCCAACGAGCUUCUCGGUCAGAUUAGCAUGGAGGUUUCUGUUUUCACUGGGGUUUGUGUGAAUAGUGAAUCUGCGCAGAGGUUCAUCGAAAAGGAGAUGGGAGUUUUGGCAGAAAGCAAUCGGUCUGACCUUCCAAGGACAUUGAAACUGAUCAAAUCGAAGUUUGAUGCAUGGCAGCCAAAUUGA